AUUAUAUAUAGGCGGCAUGUAAUGGCGAUCCAAGGGCAGACGAUUGGAUCUCCACUACACACUGAGCAAGCAAAUCGGCACUGCCACACUGCCACGUCGAUCCGCCAGCUGAGCAAGCUCAAUCUUGUCAAUAACUAACGAUCGGCCAGGAUCGAUGGCGUCGGAGAAGAGCAAGAUCCUGGUGGUCGGCGGCACGGGGUACUUGGGCAGGCACGUCGUGGCGGCGAGCGCGCGGCUGGGCCACCCCACCUUCGCGCUCGUCAGGGACACGGCGCCGUCUGACCCAGCCAAGGCGCAGCUGCUCAAGAGCUUCCAGGACGCCGGCGUCACGCUCGUCAAGGGUGACCUGUACGACCACGGCAGCCUGGUGAGCGCCGUCAAGGCCGCGGACGUGGUCAUCUCCACGCUCGGGGCGCUGCAGAUCGCCGACCAGACCAGGCUCAUCGCCGCUAUCAAGGAGGCCGGCAACGUCAAGAGGUUCUUCCCAUCGGAGUUCGGUCUGGACGUGGACCGCACGGGCGCCGUGGAGCCGGCCAAGUCCAUCUUCGCCGGCAAGGCGGCCGUCCGCCGCGCCGUGGAGGUCGCGGGCGUCCCGUACACCUACGUGGUGACCGGUUACUUCGCCGGCUACGGGCUGCCCACCAUCGGGCAGGUCCUGUCCCCCGCGCCCCCCGCCGACAAGGCCAUCAUCCUCGCCGACGGCAACGCCAAGGUCGCGUUCGUGGAGGAGGGUGACAUCGGCACCUACAUGGUCCUGGCCGCCGACGACCCCCGGACCGCGAACAAGGUUCUGCACAUCAAGCCGCCGGCCAACACGCUGUCGCACAACGAGCUCCUCUCGCUGUGGGAGAAGAAGACCGGCAAGACGUUCGAGAGGGUCUACGUCCCCGAGGACGCCGUCCUCAAGCAGAUCCAAGAGUCCCCGAUUCCGCUGAACAUCAUCUUGGCGAUCGGGCACGCAGCGUACGUCAGGGGGGAGAUGGGCAACUCCGAGAUCGACCCGGCGUCGGAGGUGGACGCCGGCGAGCUGUACCCGGACGUCCAGUACACCACCGUCGACGACUACCUCAAUAGGUUCCUCUGAAUGCGAUCUGCAGGGGCGCGAGCGGAUGCUGAUGUUACCGGUGAUGUUGUUGCUACCGACAUGUGUCUUUGAUCGAUCAAGAUGAUGGCGCCUGCUUGUACUGGCAGAGUGGCCAGAGCUAUCAUAUCCAUUCCUAAUACCAAUAAUGUCGAACCCCCUCAUGCUUUGGUUUGUUGGUUUAUAACGGAUGCUCGCGGUCCAUAUUUGAUGAAACUGUUUUUCAAUUCCUGAUGCCUGCAGAUUUACAAAAUGUUUCGUCUUUUUGGUCAA